AAGACACCAGGGAAUGAGAACACCCUCUACCCCGUCUCAUACCCCAUCGCCCAAAAUGAAUCAUAUCACCUCUCCCAACGAGCCCUACCCCGACCCCAGCAUGCUCUCACAGGCCACCACCACCCACACCCAAGGCCCCUUCGCCAUCUCCUCCCGCAAGCUCCCCAUCUCCAAAUCCGGCCCCAUUGACGAGAUGUCCCACCGCCUGGGCAUCCCCAUCCCGGAGAUGAUCUUUGGCGACAACCUCGUCGCCGUGCGCCACAAGCCCUCGGGAUGGGCCGUCGAGUUCACAGCCGAGGCCGCUCUGGACAGCGUCGACAAGACGGGCGCCAACAUGCUGCAGGUCGCCUACGCCGGCGAGUGGAGCAGCUCGCGGGAGAGGAGCACCGCCCACGAUAUCCGGGAGGUGGUCAAGCCCUACGACUGGAGCUACUCCACGGCAUAUACCGGCACAGAGACGCCCGCCGGCGCCUCCAGUGGCGGUAGGCUUGCGCCCGCGCCUGACAAGUCGAUACCGCUAGAGCUGCUAAAGCGGCGCGACCCCAUCCUGUUCUUUGACGAGGUUGUCCUCUUCGAGAGCGAGCUGGACGACAACGGCAUCAGCGUGUACAGUGUCAAGGUCCGUGUCAUGGCGCAGCGGAUGCUGCUACUGGCGCGGCUGUAUAUGAGGCUGGACAACGUGGUGGUGCGAGUGAGGGAUACGAGGUUGUAUGUGGACUUUGCGCAGGAGGAGGUGAUCAGGGAGUAUACAGCCAAGGAGGAUAACUUUGCAAAUGUCAAAAAAGCCUUGCUCAUGUCGGGACUGGCACCAGACACUGUCACCUCCGCGCUACGAGAUGCUAACCAGGUCGCGCAUUUGCUGCCGGUGGUGGAGCAGCGGGUGGAAAGCAUCAAUCUCUCAAAGCCUUCUUCAUGAUCCCACCCAUGGCCGUAGAGGGAAAGACGUAGUGGAAUUAUUAGGCUGAGGGCUUCUCAGAUGCUGAG